AGUGUGUCAGUGUGUCGGAGACCUGCAGUGUGGAAGGGUUAGUGAGUUACACACACACACAAACUUCCCCACUCAGCACACAUGCAUGCACAGCAAAACACAACAGCGGUACUGUACGCCGCCGGACUCACUGGAAAAUGAAUCUAAUGAAGGGAAGGACAUUCAGCCCGCAGCAUGGACUCUGAAUCUCUGGACAGCUGUAUCCAGAGCACACUGUCCGCUCUCUACCCUCCAUUUGAAGCCACUGCGGCCACUGUACUGUGCCAGGUGUUAGAUGUGGUGGAGACAACAUACCGUGGAGACGGACUGCGAUACAUCAUCGACUUUCUGGUGCCCGCUAAACACAUCCUACAGAGCAUUCAGCAGGAUGCAUGCUUCCCAUACUGUGGUUUUCUGUUCCGUCAUGAAGGAUGGCCACUGUGUGUCCAUGAGAAGGUCAUAAUCCAGCUCUCCUCUUUGGACUGGCGUGUAUUACGGCCCAGCGACUUCUACUUGCAGGUGACACCAUCUGCCAAAAGCCCCCCGCGCAUCAAAGUGAAGUGUCUGGCUGUUACCGGGCAGCAUGCGGAGGAGCUGGACGUGCCGGAGCUAGCAUAUACCUCUCUAUUCACCAUGGACUGGCUGGACUCCAUCAACCAGGAGAGGAGUGUGGUCAGAAGAGCUGCCCUGGAACACUGUCUUUUAUCAGCGGAUAAUGAUAUUUUUAGGGUACCGUGGGAGGAUAUUGUUCACCCGGAAUUUAUCAGCAGACCCUCUAAAGUUGCAGAACAAAGUGAAAGUAGAAGGGUUGCCAAAGAAGUUGCAAAUGGAGACGGGCGAGACUCUGAUGUAGAACAAGACAACAAUCCUGAGGACAUACAAUGUAGAAUUUUUUAUGACACUUCCACGAACCAUUCAGGGGAUAUGGAUUGUCAGAGCAAGGAAGUUAAGCUCCUCCCUGUUCUUAGUGAGAUUAAUAAAGAUAUCAGUGGGAGGAGCUCUAGCAGCACUGCGGACGAUUCAGAGGGCGAAUAUGUGGAGCUAGCUGAUAUCUCCUUACCACGCUUUUCCCCACAAAAGGGCUCUCUUACUCAAGCCAUUAGCAUGAACUAUAGAAAUCUACAUAAACCUCAGACUCCUGUUUCCACUCAGCUUAAAACCAAACCAGAUGAGAGUCUUUUGAAGAAUGGUGCAUGCUCUCAAAGCAUGGUGUGUGCCAUGAUGAUCGAGGAAAGCCUGAGUGAUACCUACCAAACAGUGAUCCUUACUCCCACUGCUCCUGCAGAGGCAGAGCGUCCGCUCCAGCAGGUGGACAUGUCUGAACCCGCCUGUGCAGCAGGUACAGCUUCCUUUGACAGUGUGUCUGAGCAUGAGUCUGAGAGAGAGCUAUUAUCUCAACACUCUGACUGUGAGGAUGCUUCACUAUCUGAUAUAUCAACAAUUAACAUAUCGCAAACAGACAUUAAACCAAUCAACACAUCACAACUAGACAACAAUGUAGUCUGCAAAUCACAAGACAGCGAACCAUACAGUACAUCACAAUUAGACAAGAAUCUAGUGAACACAUCACAAACAGAUACUGAAUCAUUGAGCAUGUCUCAAUUAGACGAUAAUUUGGACUGCACAUCACAUCCAGAUGUUAACCAGAAACCAUCAAGUAUGUCUCAACUAGAACUUGAACCACUAACCGUAUCUCAGCUUGACAGCAAGCUAAUCAGCACAUCACAACCUGAUAGCACAUCACUAGAUGUAGAACCAGUUAGCACAUCUAAUGUAGACAACAAACCAGUCAGCACAUCACAACCGGACAGCACAUUACAGUUGGUCAAUGAACCAGUCAAGACAUCACAAGAUGGUGAACCAGUAAGCAGAUUUCAUGUAGACCACAAACCAGUAAGCACAUUACAACCAGACAGCCAACCAGUCAUCACAUCAGUCAAUGAGCCAUUUAGGACAUCACAACCAGACAAUAAAUCAGUAAGCACAACUCAACUAGACAGCAAACCAGUUAGUGUAUCACAACACAACAAACAAGAAAGCAAAUCUGUCAACACAUCUGUUGACAAUGAGCCAGUCAAGACAUCACAGCCAGACACUGAAUCACUAAGAAUAUCUCAAUUUGACAGCAAACCAGUCAGCAACUCACAACUAGGCAGCAAACAAGUCAGCAUUAAACAACUAGUCAAUGAGAUAUUUAGUACACCACAACCAGACAAUAAAUCAGUGAGCACAACUCAACUAGAAAGAAAACUAGUUUGCGGAUCACAAGACAACAAACAAGAAAGCAAAUCUGUCAACACAUUAGUAGACAGUGAGCCAGUCAAGACAUCACAGACAGACACAGAACUGCUAAGAAUAUCACAGUUUGAUAGCAAACCAGUCAGCAACUCACAACUAGAUGGCAAACAAGUCAGCAUUUCACAGCUAGUCAAUGAGAUAUUUAGUACACCACAACCAGACAAUAAAUCAGUAAGCCCAACUCAACUAGACAGUAAGCUAGUUAGCACAUUACAAGACAAACAAGAAAGCAAAUCUGUCAAUAAUUCAAUAGACAAUGAGCCAGUCAAGACAUCACAGGCAGACACAGAACCGCUAAAAAGGUCUCAGUUUGACAGCAACCCAGUCAGCAACUCACAGCUAGAUGGCAAACAAGUCAGCAUUUCACAACUAGUCAAUGAGAUAUUUAGUACACCACAACCAGACAAUAAAUCAGUGAGCACAACUCAACUAGAUGGCAACAUAGAUAGAACAUCACAAUUAGACAGCAAACAAGAAAGUGUCUCUCAAACAGACAGCAAACCAGUCAGCAUAUCACCAGACAAUGAGCCAGUGAAGACAUCACAACCACAACUAGAAAGCACAUUACACCCAAACAGCAAACAAGCAAGCAUGUCACAACUAGUCAAUGAACACAUCCAGACCUCACAGCCAGACCUAAAACCAGUAAGCAUUGCUCAACUCUACAGUGAAGAUGCUAAACCAGAUGGAUACGCUGAUGUCAAACCAAUAACCACUGAGCUAGACAAUGGACUAGUGAGCACAUCACAACCAGAUAACCAACCAGUUGACACACCACAAGCAGAAUGUACAACAGUUAACAUAACCUUACCAGAGGGCAACCCCAAUGACACAUCAUAUAUUGUCAACCUGCCGCUAAGUACAUCACAACCAAACAGCAAAACAGUUCAUGUGGAGCAAGCAGACAUAAAUGUAAUUAAUACAUCACAGCCAGAGACUGAAAUGUUAUCUUGUGUUUUGGAAAGGGAGAACUCAGAACAGGUUUCUCCAGCUUAUAUUGAACUCAUUGUGUCAGAUCCUUAUGCAGAAGUCAGAUGUGAAUCUAAAGAGCUGAGAGUUAAUUGUGAUCUUGAAGGCAGUUGUGGUUCACAGAACAACAGAGCGUCACUUGCCGAGACAGUAGCUGAGAGUGUGUCUUCGCAAAAUCAGAUUGAUCAAACAGGCAAUAGCCUGUAUCAGAUACACAAACCCAUCCAUACACCAUCUGAGCAAAUGCAUGAUCUUCCUACCAUAAAAGAAGACCAUCAGACAUUCAGUAGCAGUUCUCAUAACACGAAUGAAUCUGUUGGUGAUUUAAGUCCCAUUGCAGAAGAAGAUGGUGGGUCUGUUACAGCUGCUCUGUAUAGUGAGCAUGUAGCCUUAGUUUCUGUCACCACAGUGCCUGGGGAGAGUCCAGUUACACUCAUUUCACAGGGUCAGGUGGGGACAGAGUCUCCUGAGGACAGAAUCAACCAGACAGAGGUGGAACUUCAGACAAAGGAAGAACGUGCAGUACAAAACGUAGCUGGAAUGCCACCUUGUAAGGGGGCUGAAAUGGUAGAAAAGAAAAGCAGUAGCGAGGCAGAAAUCAAAACUGAUGAGAAUGAUGUAGUGGCAGUGUGUAGGCAAGAGGAAGUUGAGACUUCACAAACAGGUCUAGUAGAUGCUACGCCCAAGUCUGACGUGCAAGUUCAGGAGGAGGUCAGCUCCCCUGUAGAAACAGAUGAGAAGAAACAAACCAGUGUUCAAGAAAAAGGGGUGGAGGAAGAGGAGGUCAAGGCCAAAACUGUGAGGGAGCAAGAGGCCAUAGUGACCAGCAAUUCUGAAAAUAGAGUCCAGUCAGCAUGCUCUGAAGUGCUUGAUCCAGCCUCUGAUGUCCCGAACACAAAUGGACACAUGCAUGCUCAGGACACUCCUACCACUGAACUAAAAGGGCAAAUAACAAAGGAGGAGGAUGGAAAAGGGGCAGAGGAGAAAAGGCAAGAGGAUGAGAUUGCUUCUUCUGUCAAUGGCUCUCAAAAAGAGCAUCAGCAGCAAGCAGACAUGGACUCCAGCUUCCAUCAGCAGGAAGAGCAAGCAUGCAGUCAGAAAGUAGACAGCACUGUUUGCCACCUGUCUGCUAAAACUGAGAGUGAAGACCCCUCAGCAGUUCCUUCACCACAGCCACCAGUCGAUCAUAGAGCACAACCAGUCAAGAGCAAGGCCCAUGACAUAAAUCCUGAUGUCCUAAGCUCAGGUGUGCUCUGCCUGACUGGAACAAGAGAUAAAUCAGGCCAUGCCUUGGUCACUGUGACAAUGAGAAACACUGUCUGGCUGAAUCCAAACUGCAACAGUGGAGAGCUAGUGCGAAUCAUGGUGUAUUUCUGCAGUACACUCAGGAAGGAAGUAAGUGCUUUGGGAUUGACUGUCCUGGUGGAUGCCCGCAGGUGUUCACCUGUUCCCGCCCUUUUCAAAGCCUUCAACAUCCUCCAGGAAGCCAUGCCGGGAUGCAUUCAUACUGUACUGCUGCUGGCCGACAGAGAUCUGGCUCUACGCAUGGAGAAAACCUCUUCUAUACAGGUGGAGCUGCUGACAUCACUCAAGUCUCUCUAUAAACAUGUGGACGUUUCUCAGCUUCCCACUGAGUUUGAAGGCACUUUCCCUUAUGCACACAGCAGCUGGGUCAGCUUUAGAAUGAGGUUGGAGCAGUUGACCAGUCAUUGUGAAGAUGCUGUGAGCCUGCUUCAGAACACCAUAAGCAAACUGGAGUCCACAGUGCUGCCCCCUACAGCAGAGGAGGCUCAACUCUUACUGUGUAAGUACAGAGAGCUGAUGAGGACGGUUCUGGAGGACAGCAGGCUGGUGCGACUACAGUUGGAGGGAGGAGCAGCUCUGUCCCGUUUACGAAAAGAAGAGACCAGCGUUAGUCUCACAGAGGACUACAGAGAUGCCAUUGAAAGUGCUGGCCGUUUGUAUAACCAAGUGGACGAGCUGGUUCACAGACUGGUGAUGCUGUCCAAUAAAUGCACACAGGAACUGGAAUUCAUCAUGGAGUUUAAGAGCCUGGAGGAGGGAUUCAAAGAGGUUAGUCAGUGGAUAGAAGAGGUGGGAGAGUCUCGUCUGCAGACGCUGAGCGAGCUGGAGGAUUCCUUGGAGCAGUUACAUCAUAAGCAGAGCAUCUUCAGAGAAUUUUACACAGCUGCAUAUGAACACUGUAAGAGUGGUGAAGCUCUCCUCAAGCGUUUAGAGAAGUGGGAAGACGUCUCCUCUGCAGAGCUGCAAGUGUAUGAGGUGAAAGUACGUUCAUUCUGGGUGCAUCUGCGGGAUUUCUCUCAGCGAGUGGAGGACACCAAGGAUAAAAUAGACAAGACUGUUCAACUCUAUGAGUUCUUUGAUAAGGCAUAUGAAUGGGCUCUAGAGGGCAUGCGUCAUUUGGCGUGUGUCAGUAUGGAGGAUUGUGGCAUGUCUGAAAAGUGUCAGAGCGUGAUCACGUGUUUGGAGACUUACCGCAGUCAGCACCCCCCGAUCCCUGAUGCACACUUCCAGGAGAUGAAGGACCUCGCUGGGGAACUGAAAAGCGAACAGGGCCUCAAGCAGUGGAAGUUUGCCUGGUCCAAGUGUCAGGAGACCAAGCAGAUGUUUGAAAAGAAGCUGGAGAUGGCCCUGCGUUCCCGCCGUGACAGCGACUCCAAGUCAGUAAGGAGUGACUCUUCUCGUCGUAACUCAGAUGUUAGCACUAAACACCAAGAGCGUAGCAGUAGCAUCUCCUUCUCAUGUCGGAAAGCGUUCGGCGGAGCCUGGGGUCGAGAUAGACUUUCCUCACAUUCUAGCACAUCCUCAACUCCCAGUAGCCCUUCAGGCAUUCGUCUGGAUGCCCGUGACACUGUCCGAACUCCAACAGGAAGUCCAUACAGCAUUGAGCACAGAAUCCCCCACAGCACCCCUGUCAGAUCCCACAGGCUAACACGUAGCAUCUCCACAGAUGAGUCUCCUCAGAGCCCACAUGCAGAGGGGCUAGCGUCCACAAGCCCAAGCGGCACUUCUGUUCAAACAAACCGCAGGGUUUUGCGGAAGACCCAGAGCUUCGAUACAGCUGGCAGUGAGCCUGUGUCACAGUACGGGACCUGUCAGAGGACUUUGAGUGAGCCUGCACGCAGAGGAAACACAGGGGUGUUCAUUAAGGGUCUGGAGGUGAGCAGCACUGAAGUGAUUGAUAGGCCGUACAGUCCACGACUACCACCCAUCCAUGGAUGGUCUUCAAUUGAUGCACACCGCAGCGGGAGUCCUGCUCCAGAAACGCGCAGCAAGGGCAGCAAGUUACGACACAUUGUAGAUGAGAUGGUGACAACAGAGCGGGAAUAUGUGCGUUCCCUGCGGUAUAUCAUUGACAACUAUUUCCCUGAGAUGGAGCGCGCUGUCCUGCCGCAGGAUCUGCGGGGAAAGCGGAGCGUCAUAUUUGGAAAUCUGGAGAAACUGGUGGACUUUCAUAGUCAGUAUUUCCUAAAAGAGCUGGAGAGCUGCUGUAAUCAUCCUCUACGCGUCAGCCACUGUUUCCUACGACAUCAAGACCAGUUUAGCCUCUAUGCAUUAUACAGCAAGAACAAGCCAAAAUCAGACACACUCCUGGCCAGCCAUGGAAACAACUUCUUCAAGCAUAAGCAGAUGGAGCUGGGAGAUAAGAUGGACCUGGCAUCGUACCUGCUGAAGCCCAUCCAGCGCAUGAGUAAAUACGCUCUUCUGCUGAAAGACCUGAUCAAAGAAGUGAGCGAGGUCCAGGAGCAGGAACUUACAUACCUGCGAGCCGCAGCAGAGAUGGUCAAGUUUCAGCUCCGCCAUGGCAAUGAUCUACUCGCCAUGGACGCUAUCAGAGAUUGUGAUGUGAACCUAAAAGAGCAAGGACAGUUGGUUCGUCAAGAUGAGUUCACGAUUUCAUAUGGCAGAAAGAAGUGCCAGAGACACGUGUUCCUAUUUGAGGACCUAGUGCUCUUCAGCAAACCCAAGCGCAUCGAGGGUGGACUAGAUGUUUACAUAUACAAGCAUUCUUUUAAGACGGCUGAUGUGGGUAUGACAGAGACGUCAGGUGAGAACAGUCUGAGGUUUGAAAUUUGGUUUCGGAGGAGAACUUCAAAGAACCAGACCUACAUUCUCCAGUCCAGCACUGCUGACAUCAAACAUGCCUGGACUUGCGACAUCGCACGAAUACUGUGGCAGCAGGCCACGCGAAACAAAGAAAUUCGAAUGCAGGAGAUGGUCUCAAUGGGUGUGGGCAAUAAACCCUUCCUGGACAUUAAACCCAGUGAUGCUGCAAUCAACGACAGAGCCAUCGACUACAUUAUGAAGGGCAGAGGAGCUAGAACGAGAGCCUCCAUUGCUGUUUCUCUGUUUGACCACUCAAACCCAUUCAAAAGAGCUGCAGUAAACACCCCCGUCAGCGGGACCCCGGUGUCUGGCGGUCCUUCCUCAUCCACCCUGCUGGGGCCCUUGAAUCUGCACAUGUACAGCAGCCAAAGUCUGUUGGCGGGGGAGAGACCUCUGAUUGGCCCCUGCAUCGAGGAGGACGAGCUGGAGCAUGAGACCAGUAGUCAGCCCUCUAUGACUACAGAGAGUUCGGGUUCGUCGUCUCACUGUCUGUCUGGCAGUGGCUCUAGCGGAUCAGACAGCGGCUGUGUGUCCAGUCACCUUCCUGAGGCUUUGUCUGAGGAGCCCAGCUCACCUUGUGACUCCUCGUGUUAUUCCUCCAUCACCUCUCCCACGCAGGAGAAGCCCUGCUUUAACAGCCAGUAUAUCUCAGCGGGGGAUGCUCAGGUGAUCGGACCCUCUACUAUAGUCUGAGCUGCUGCAGUUUAAGAGCCAUCUGCUUCAGAUUGAGAAGACGUUGCCACACUGAAGAGGAGUUCAGAGCUAGUAUUUAUUAUUUCUCCUGAGUGCCAGUAAAUCUCACACAGAGCACUCCAGAUAGCACUGUUUCUCUUUCUCUUUUUAAGCCACUUUUAGCUUCAAUAGCUUUUAUAUAAAUUUACGAAUGAUCUAUAAAACUGAACCAAUAUUCUUGUAUUUAUCUUCAAGUGUUAAGAUACAGUAGUGUUUUGAGCUGUAUUAUUAACUGUAAAUACUGUAGUAGUGUACAGUAGACUUCUGAACUGUUGCGAUUAAUCAGUUCACACACUUGUUUUGUGUUGUUUAUUGCCCACUUUGCUGCAGACUUCAGCUGGUUUGAUUUAGAACAAAUGCCCAAUGUUUUUAGGCAUGUCUAGAUUUCUGAGCAUCAGUACACUAAAGACGUUAAGCAGUGUUGUAGAGUUUCUGUUCUUUCUGAUGUCUUCAUAGUCUGUGGACCUGUGGUCAGUUCAUUCAGUAUGGUAUUCAUUCAGAUUUUACAACUGACCUCAGGUCAGCUCUGCCCAGCACUGCUGCUCCUGGUUGCUGGGUAUUGCUGCUGCCUGUUUGGAGAUGGGAGAGCUUUUCAUUUCAGUUCUGUUAUUUACAUUAAUAAGUAUAACAAAACAACAUGUAAAUUGUAAAUAGUUGCACCAGUGGUGCGUUGAGGACAUAGCCUUUAGGAAGUAAUGUUUAUACAUGUUAACCAGUCAACACAAGAAUCACUUAAGUGCCAUUCUUUGUUGCCAAACCAAAUUGGAAGUGUACAAACAAAAGAUAAUAAAAACAGUUCCACUUCUAGUUGGAGUUACGAGUGUCUACUCCAGUGUUUUAUUUUUCAAUCUUAACAAGUUCACUCAGAAGUAAUAAAGACCGAUUGCUUUGUACCUGUAA